AUGGCAACUUGUUCGAGAGGCUGCGCCCCAGCCGUGCGCCUUUGUCAGAGGCUGAACCGGCUCAAGACACUGGACGGUGACAUGAUGGCGACAUCUCUGAAACGCUGCCUCUCCACCCUGGACCUGACUCUGAUGGGUGUUGGUGGCAUGGUGGGCUCAGGGCUCUAUGUCCUGACAGGAACAGUGGCCAAAGACACAGCUGGACCCGCUGUCAUCGUAUCCUUCAUUUUUGCAGGCAUCGCUUCGUUACUGGCUGCCUUUUGUUAUGCAGAGUUUGGAGCACGCAUACCCAAAACAGGAUCUGCCUAUAUGUUUACCUAUGUCUCUGUGGGAGAGGUUUGGGCCUUUCUCAUUGGUUGGAAUGUGAUUCUGGAGAACAUGAUCGGCGGUGCUGCUGUAGCACGAGCCUGGAGUGGCUAUCUAGACUCCAUUUUUAACCAUGCUAUCCAAAACUUCACAGAAACACACAUCAUGCAGUGGAAUGUGCCCUUUCUUGCCCAUUACCCUGAUCUACUAGCAGCAGGAAUUCUUGUAGUUGCCUCGGUCUUCAUUUCAUUUGGAGUCCAAGUUUCCUCCUAUCUAAACCAUAUCUUCUCCACUGUUAGUAUGGGUGUCAUUGCUUUUAUCUUGGUCUUUGGAUUCAUGCUGGCUGACCCAACCAACUGGAGCCAAGAACAAGGAGGCUUUGCACCUUAUGGGCUGUCUGGCAUCCUGGCAGGCUCAGCCACUUGCUUCUACGCCUUUGUGGGUUUUGACGUCAUUGCUUCCUCCAGUGAAGAGGCAAAGAACCCACAGAAGGCUAUUCCCAUUGCCACUGCUAUCUCCCUUGGACUCGCAGCAACAGCCUACAUCUUGGUUUCCACCGUGCUCACAUUGAUAGUACCGUGGCGUACCCUGGACCCCAACUCAGCUCUGGCAGAUGCUUUUUUUCGUCGUGGUUACAGUUGGGCUGGAGUUAUUGUGGCUGUAGGGUCCAUCUGUGCCAUGAACACCGUCCUUCUCUGUAAUCUCUUCUCCCUUCCUCGAAUUGUGUAUGCCAUGGCAGACGAUGGAUUGUUCUUCUCCAUUUUUGCUAGGGUCAAUCCCCUUACCAAAGUUCCUGUCAAUGCCAUUCUGGUGUUUGGAGUCCUCAUGGCCGCCUUGGCUUUGAUCUUUGACCUGGAGGCCUUGGUUCAGUUCUUAUCUAUAGGCACUCUCCUGGCGUACACCUUUGUGGCGGCGAGUGUGAUCGUGCUGCGCUUCCAGCCUGAGAAAACCAACUCCAAGAGCACCGCUUCUUCAUCUCCCAACCCCAACGCUGAGCUUUCACCUCCCCCCUCAGAGUGUCAGACCAUAGCUGAAGACAGUGAGGAGCCCAAGCAAUACGAGUCCUUCUCUGACAAACUCCAGCUGGUGGAGAGACAGAAGACGGGAGAGCGGCGUGGUGUGGGGCAGCUGAAGGCGUGCUGGGAACCCUACCUGGACAGGCUGCUGGGAGACUGUGAGCCAGGUGAAGUGGUGGCCUUCAGUGUGAUGACACUGAUAGUGAGCUCAGCCUCCCUCUGUGCUGUGCUGGAGUUUGGAAACAAGCAGCUUCAGCUCCCUCUCUGGAGCUUCACAAUGCUCCUGGUGAUCUUUAGCUUUGCUUUCAUUUUCAGCCUGGCACUCAUAUGGAUUCAUGAGCCACAGAAAAACACCAAAACCUUCCAGGUACCAUUUGUUCCACUGACUCCAGGUGCCAGUAUCCUCGUCAAUGUCUUUCUCAUGAUGAAGCUCAGCCUCCUAACCUGGAUUCGAUUCACAGUGUGGAUUGCCAUAGGUAAGAUAGUCUCAGAACUUGGACAGAAAAUGUAG